AGUCAUAGAUCGAACACCUUCAAGUUACUUAUCAUUAUCAAACACCUUACACCUCCAUAAUCUGAGUCCAUAGAGUCGAGGCUCCAUCAGACUCCAUCUCCAAACUGAAACUCAGUAACUUUGAGUGAUCUAGUUUACAAUAAAAUCUUAUUCACAAAAGAUGCCUAAACCUUUCCAUGCAUUUAAAAGCAAGAAACAUUUUAACUCAAAGCAUUCUCGUUCGCACAAUCAUGAUGCCAACGAAUCAUUGAAUGAUGAAAGUUUUGGGAGUGAAGCAAAGGUUAAACUUGGCGUUAUCUCGGAAGAGCUUUUAUCAUAUUAUCGCAAUGUAUCACAAUCUUUAAAUAAUGAUUUUGAAGACUCUGAUUCAAAAGAUCAGUUUCUUAACAAUGUCUACGCAUCCUUAAAAGAGGAUGGCAUACAAGUGUCUCAGAAUCAGACAGUCAGCAGAAUCUUGGAGGUGCUAUUUGCUCACAGUCAACCUUAUCACAUGACAGAACUCUUCAAGAGCUUAUCACGGGAACUCAACAUCGUCACUUUUGACCGUUUUGCUAGUCAUGUGUUCCAGGCUUUAAUCAAAUACUUGCCUGCCAUGUAUGAAGUAAAUGAUGGUUCAACAACAUCGCCUUUGAAGAAAUCUGUUGAACAGAUCUGCACAUAUAUGGAAUCACAUAUGAUUGACAUAAUGACACACACUUAUGGGAGCCAUGUUCUUCGAGCAUUUUUACAAGCAGUAGGAGGUGUGGAGGUACAGGAAGAAGUUUUAAGAAGCAGAAUGUCUCGCACCCAGAAGAAAGAUGAUAUAGUGUCACAAGUCAGUUGUUCUGGAAAGGCGCUAUCUGAAGAUUUCAGGUCAUCCUUUGUGAAACUUAAAGAUAAAGUUAUAAAGCUCUGUAAUUUUGAAGAUCAUUUAAAAGACGUCAACUACUGCCCAGUACUGCAGACUGUCUUAUUGAUCCUACACAAAACAUCUCCCAGUGAAUACUACCAGCUGUCAAAGAGUAUCAUUGAGAAGACUUGCAUCAUGCCAGACAGUGAGGAUGUGAAUGCUAAUGAUGUCAGUAAGAAACUUCCACACAUUGUCCAGAAUGAAAUAGGAUCUUUCUUGAUUGAGUUGUUGAUAUCCCUGGCCAGUGAGACGCAGUUCAAGGAGAUUUACAAUCUCGUUUUUAAAGACAAACUCAUCUACUUCGCAGUUCAUCCAGUGGCUGGCUUUGUCCUGAGGACUUUAUUGUCGUCUGUGUCUGACAAAUCAUUGAUGGAAGAAAUAAUGAGGACUCUACUUCAGUACACAGAAGACAUCCUAGCUGUCAAUCACAUGGGUAUAAUAAUAAAAAUGGCUGAAUGUUGUUGCCGAACAGGACAUCUACAGAAUGAGUUUUUAAAGGCCUUGAUGAUGGCUUUCCAUUGUUAUGAGCCUGAGUUGAGGCAGAUCAAAAUUGUUCCACUGCUAGCAUCCCUCCAGACUUACGACAUAUUUUUUAGCAGUGAUUCGGGCAACACAGGAUCUAGUGAGCCAUCAGGCCACUUGUUGAAAAGUGUCAAUAUCCAUGGGUCUCUGUUCCUUCAACAACUGCUCCAGUUCAAGAACACCAAGCUGGUGGUCUCGAGUCUAAUGGGCCUGUCACCUGCUGAGGUGGCUGCCCUCUGCGCUGACAAAUAUGGCAGCCACCUCAUUGACACGUUUUUUCAAAGCAAAGCUGUACCCGAUAAACAAAAGAAUGCUUUUAUCAAGUAUUUACAGGGUAACUAUGUCAAUAUAGCUUGCAACAGAAAUGGCUCAAGGUGUUUAGAAAACAUUUGGAAAAGUUGUUCCUUGAAACAGAGAGAAACAAUAGCAGAUGAACUGUGUCAGAAACAAGAGAGGGUUGAGAGUGACAAUUUUGGUCGUUUUCUGUACAGGAAUUUCGCUCUGUUCAAAUUUUCUCACCGCAAACAGGAGUGGUUAGAAAUUCAAGGGGCCAGCUUGAAGAAGCAAAGACUUCUUGAUGAAGUUUUGAAAGGCACAGACACAAAACCUGCACUUAAAGAUGAAGGAAAGCAACCUAAAAAGAAACAUAAAACUCAUCAAAUUGCUAAUGAAAGUGUGACAGAACCUGCCAGUAAAGAACAAUUUUCUCCUGUAACACUUUGUACAACAGCUGAGGAAGACACGCAACCAACAGUUGCUUCAGAUUCUUCGCAACAUAACAAACGGAAACGGAAACAUGAGAAGAAAAGAGUGAUUCGCAAACCUGAGUUAGACGAGUCUAUUCCCCUGCAAGAGAAAGUUAAGGAAGAAAAAAAAAAGAAAAAGAAAAAAAGAAAAACAGAUGUGGACAAUGAAACUGAGGCUAUCCCAGACACCCCAGACACAGAAAAAUCAGAACACCUGAAAAAGAAAAAACACAAAAAGAAAUAAAUUCACUUUGAUAA